CGGGCCAUGCCCGACAUCAGCGCCGUCGGGUCGGCGUUCCAGAUCGUCCUCGGGGGCGACAACACCCAGGUGCUGGGCACGAGCGCGAGCACGCCCGUGAUGGCGGCCAUGGUGGCGCUGAUCAACGAUGCCCGGAUGCGCGCCGGCAAGCCAAGCCUCGGGUGGCUGAACCCGCUGCUGUACUCGGCAAAGGUCAGGAACGUGCUCCGGGAUGUUACAGUAGGCGAGAGCAUGGGCUGCAGGUUCCCUGACGGGGUCAGCUCGGUCGGAUGGUCCGCGGUCAGGGGUUACGAUUUGGUCACCGGACUCGGAGUGGUCGAUGACUUUAACGACUUUUUGGAGGUUUUGCUGUAA